AUUAAAAUGACAAUUUUUGUUGAGAGAGUAAAAAGAGUGAUAAUGAAGGCCCUCACAUGAAAUCGCUCUUGCUCAAGCACAACCGCAAUAUAUCUGCAGCUGCUGGUUCUACAGUCAAAAUCGUGUCUAUACUCAUUUCUCCGAUGGAUUGGCAAGGACAGAAGCUAGCAGAGCACCUGAUGCAGCUGUUGUUGGUAUGUUUUGCAGUGGUGGCAUUUAUCACAGGCUAUGUGCUGGGGUCGUUUCAGACGAUGAUGCUGAUCUAUGCAGCCGGUGUGGUGUUGACAUCUCUGCUUGUCGUUCCCAAUUGGCCGUUCUUCAAUCGUCACUCCCUCAAUUGGCUAGACCCAAGUGAGGCUGACAAGCACCCGAAGCCACAUCCUGCUAUUUCUGGCCCCAAGAAGAAGACAGCAAAGAAGUAGGUGCUCAAUCAAUUUGUUCCAUGGUGAAGGAUGUUACUCAUUUUUCGCGCACUAUUGCUUCGAAAGAAUAUUUUUCGUUGUUGUAGAAAUCAUACAAUUAUAAACCAUAUAUGCCAAGGACAUGUCUAGGUUCAAGAGUUAGAAUAUACAAUCUCAAUUGAACAUUUUGGUGGUGUGAGAGUGUUAAAAGGCUAACAUAGUUAUGCUGAACACAUUCUUGCUAUAUUGUUUCUUAGAUACCUUUUUAAAUUCAAAUCAUCAUCAUAUUCAUAUUCUCCGACCAAUUCAUCA